AUGUGCUUGCCUAGAGAUCCUACAUGGGGUCAAUACAUAGAUGGUUUCCAAUCAGCCGACAGAAUAUACGGAGCUGAAUACCACACCGGCGAUUACCCAUACUGGAAACAUCUACAUUACCAAGACGUGCCUUGUGCAGUAUGCAGGAUCCCUCGGAAUAAUGUAUUAAUGAUUCCUGGAAGAAGCAUCUGUUACAAGGAUUAUGUUUUAGAGUACAGUGGUUAUCUUAUGGCUGGUCACUUCUCACAUGCUGGAUCAUCGGAAUAUAUUUGUGUUGAUGAAAAGCCAGAAGUAUUGGAAGCCGGGAAUGGAGCCAAAGAUGAGAAAUUUGUAUUUUUCGUCCAGGCUGCAUGCGGGGUACUGAAGUGUCCACCAUAUGAAAACACUAGAGAACUCACAUGUGCUGUAUGUUCUUUUUUCCCGGCUGAUAAGAAUGAAACAGUUGCCUGA